AGUCUUUUUAAUAAUGAAAAAGAUCUCCGCCCGAGGGUUCGAAAAUUACAAACUGAACUUAAACGUGAACAACGAAAGUUAGAUCGAGAUAUUGUCGUAAUUCAGCAGAAAUGUAAACAGAGCGAGGCCGAGGUUAAGAAAUACGCCCAGAGUAAUAAUAUGGAUGCGGCUAAAAUUCUUGCCAAAGAAAUCGCGAAAUCCCGCAUGACUAUUAACCGUCUAUAUCAAGCAAAGGCUCAAAUCGGUUCUAUCUGUGCGGAGCUUGACAACCAGAUUGCUAUGGCGAAAAUGGCCAACGCUCUCAAACAGAGUACCACAGUGAUGCAAUCAAUGUCAAAUCUUGUCAAGCUUCCCGAGUUGCAGACCACCGUGAAAAACCUCUCCAAGGAGAUGAUGAAGUUGGGUAUAAUAAAUGAAAUGGUCGAUGACUCCAUUGACAGCACCUUGGGAGGAGGUGAGGAGUUAGAAGAGAAGGCCCAAUCUGAAGUGGACAAGAUCCUCUUUGAGUUGACCAAAGGGGCGAUGGGCCAGGCUCCCGACGCCGUCACAGACACUCUUCCUGCUGGCAUCGAGUUGCCUUCCGCUGGUAUGGCUGAAGAAGUUGAAGAGACUGCUGAUGAUUUGGAGGAGAUGAGGGCGCGUCUGGAGGCUAUUCGUUGA